CAGAAAUUUGGAUUAAUAAUUUAGCUGAAGUUGGGAUUAAUUAGGCUUGGUUGUAAAGGAGUCCCCACUAAAAAGUUGCUGUUUCCAUUUCCCUGACCCUAGGCUUGGUUGUAUUUUCUCAGGAGCUUCUAUGGUAUUUUUUUGUUUAUAGCAUGACCUUCUAGUGUCGUUUGUGCUUCUCUCACUUUCACUUUUUUAAUGAAAACCACCGUAUAUUCCGGAAAAGAAAAAACAAGUUGAUGAAUUGUUGAUUAGAGAACCAUCAAUUACUCCCAACUUAGCUUCAUUUGAUUAUCGUUGAGAAAUGGAUUUUGUGAGCCCAAUCUUUGAUAUCGUCCCUCGUUUGUGGGGUUUCGGUGCCAAGCAUGUAGCGCAUGUGAAACACCUCGGCAAACGCCUAGAAGAGUUGAGAGCUGCAAUGGAUGACCUCAGUGACCACAGAUAUGAAGUGAAGGAAAAAGUAAAGAUGGGUGUGAGGACACAACAGGAGAUUGUUACGAAACGAGUGGAAAGAUGGUUGAGCAAAGUAGAAACUAUUGAGCAGCAAGUAAUUGCCCUUAUCCAUGAAGGAAAUCUUCAGGUUGAGAGGAAAUGUCUUGGUUGCUGUCCCAGGAAUUUGCAGACGGCCUACAAGAUCGGGAAGAAAGUGUUAAAGAAGAAAGAAGAAGUGGAGGAACUAUUAAAGAAAGGGGACUUUGCAGCCUUCACUCUAACCCUGUCCCCUCAGAUGGUGGCUCAAUUUCCUAUGGAGAAUACCGUUGGCCUAGACUCCAAGGUUGAAGACGUGUGGGAAAAAAUUGAGGAUGGAAACGUUGGGAUUAUUGGUUUAUACGGAAUCGGUGGGGUUGGUAAAACAACUCUCUUGAAGAAAAUCAACAAUGAAAUCUCGAUCCGGAACCACGAGUUUGAUAGCGUGAUUUGGGUUACACAAUCCAAAGCAACAAAAGUUGAGGAAUUUCAAGAUAUCGUUCGGAGGAAAUUGGAGAUCUCAGAUGACACAUGGCAGAAGUGUUCAAACGAGAACGACAGAGCGUGUGAGAUAUUCAGGCUCUUGAACCGUACAAGGUUUGUGUUGCUAUUGGAUGAUGUGCAGAAGAGCUUCUUCAAAUCCCAACUCACCAGUUUAGGCAUCCCCUUACCUAACAAGGAAAAUGGGUCCAAAAUAAUAUUUACUACCCGUUCGGAGGAGUUGUGCGGUUACUUAGGAGCUGAAGAGAGAAUUAAAGUGGAAUGUCUCCCACCAGAACAAGCCCUGAGUUUAUUUUCUAUGACGGUAGGGGAGCACGUCUUAAAUUCUAAUCCAGAGAUUCCGAAGUUGGCUGAAAUUGUUUCCGCAAGGUGCAGUGGUCUGCCACUUGCACUGCUCACUGUUGGGAGUGUCAUGGCUAGUAGGAAGAGUUACCAUGAUUGGAUCUGUGCAGUUGAGAUGUUGCAAAGCUACCCGUCAGAAUUUUCAGGUAUGGGAGAUCAAGUGUUUCCUCCUAUCAAGUUUAGCUAUGACAACCUUACCUCUUCCGUCGCUAGAAAAUGUUUUCUAUAUUGUUCUAUAUUCCCAGAGAACUGCACGAUAAGCGUCGAUGAGCUUAUCGACCUUUGGAUAGGAGAGGGUCUUUUAGAUGGAACAAGUCCACGCGAGCAAGGAGAAUUCAUUAUUAGCACUUUAAAGCUUUCAUGUUUGUUAGAAGCUGAUGAAUCUAUGGAAUUUGUUUGGAUGCAUGAUAUGAUCCGAGACAUGGCACUGUGGCUAGCCCGUGACGAAGAGAAAAAUAAGAACAAGGUUUUGGUAGCAAGAAGUGGGAGGCUUACCGAUCAAGAAUUCAACAAAUGGAUAGACUCAAGUUGGGUCUCCUUGUGGGGUUGUAGUGACAGAGAGAUCAUCCAUUACCCACCAACUUGCCCUAAUCUCUCGACUCUGCUCAUAAGAGAUACACUGCUCAACGCAUUUCCUGGUGGCUUCUUCGAGUUCAUGACAGGUUUGACAGCUUUAGAUUUAUCGGGUAAUCAAGGAUUGGUUGAGUUGCCUCCGGAGAUUGGAAGAUUGAGAAUCCUGCAGUACCUAAAUUUGUCAUUAACAAGCAUAACCACGCUACCUACGGGCCUUUCGAAUUUGAGAAACCUGAGGUGUUUGUUACUGGAUUAUACUAUGCAUCUUAAAGAGAUCCCACCGAAGGAGGUGAUGUCUUCUCUUUCACUGUUGCAGGUGUAUAGUAAAAUGAAUGGGGUGAUGGAGUACUUUGAUGAAGUGAAAGUUUCAGUUGAUGAUGAACUUGCUUUCUUGGAGGUGUUGGAGGGAUUUAGUCACAUGAAUAAGAUUUGUAUCACCAUAUUUUGUCAGUCCUCUGUUGAAAAGAUAUUCAGCUCAUACACCAAACGAGCAUGCAUUAGAAAAUUAAAACUUAUCGAUUGCACGUGAUUGACUUCACUAUGUGCUAUCCAUGCAUUACCAAAUUUAGGGAAACUUGAGAUAUUUCGUUGUUGUUCACUUCGAGAAAUCAGAAAGCCAGAUUGGGGUGAGUUUCACAACCUUCGUCAGGUUCACGUAGGUGUUUGUCCACUGUUGCGAAACCUGAAUAGCCUUGCUUAUGCUAGAAAUCUUGAGAUCCUCACAAUUCUCGACUGUCAGUCUAUGAAACAAGUUAUAAGUGAGGAGGAGAUAGUAGGAGAUGAAGUUUUCCCAAAGCUAAAGACCCUUUCUUUGACUUGUUUGCCAAGUCUGGAAACCAUCUGCCGCUUACCCAAGUCCUUUUCUUCUCCUAUAGAGAUCGAAGUAUCUCGGUGCCCAUGUUUGAGGCAACUUCCAUUUGACGAUGAAAGUGUAGAUUUCCUGAAGAAAAUCAGAGGAGAAUUAGAGUGGUGGGCAGCUUUGGAUUGGGGCAGUGACUUUGUUAAGGACGCCUGUAGCUUCAAUUUUAAAUCCACCUCUGCACCCUCAGGCAAUGCCAAAGAAAUGAUCGCUUCCACUAGCAAGGAAAAAACAGCCAGUACUUCUAAAUCAUGAUGGCUCUAACUUGAUUAUUUUGUGUUUGCGUGUGUAUAGUUGUAAUCUAUUUACUUCUCAUUUUUAUCCAAAACGAGACUGGUAGAUUCUCCCCAUUCAUAACUUUGUAGGUCCCAAUUAGUAGGACUUAGGCUUUCACAAGCCUCUUGGUGGUCUUCUGGUAACUAUGGAAUGCUAGGACAUGGAGCUUUUUCAAGGAAAGGCAAUGGUACCGCAAGAUGAUCUUAGCAGUGCCCCGACCCUCCUGAAAGACUUCGGAGUUCACAAUUUCAUUUGCGCCCCCAUGUUGCCUAGGAGGCCAAGAGUUCUGAUGUAGGAAGCCUUGCUUGGUGAGCAGCACAAGAUCAAUGUUGAUGCAGCCUAAAUUUCUAAGGAGCCUGUUGCAGCCUUCGGUGCGGUGGUGCGCACAACGUCUCGAUGGAGCCUUUGAUGCUCAUUCAGCUGAGGCCUUAUUGUUGGAGGUCUUAGGAUGGGUAGGGAGCAUGGAUUCCACCACAUUACUAAUGAGUCCAUCUGCUUUUCUGUUCUUAAUAAACUUCAUAGUCGAUGUUUGGUUUUACCUUUGUACUGCCAAAUCAUUGAGGCCCAUAGACUUUGUGAUGACUUUGUUUAUGUGAUUUUUCAGGAUGCCUAUGGUUUGGAUUAUCCGAAUGUCAUUCACCAAAUUAUGUUGGAUGACUCUUUAGUUUUAUUUAUGCAUGUGUGUCUUUUUUGGGUUUUUUUUUUUUAAAUAAAACGAUUAAGAACUAUGAAAAAAA